UUGGAAAAACGUCUGAAAGAUAAUACAGAACAAGAAGAAGGCUUAAGGAAAAGCAUUUUCUCUCGUGUUCGGAAACCUGAUGGUAUCGUAAAUCCAUUCGAAAAAAAUGGUCAAGCUUAUGAAUACUUUAUGCCGCCUUUGUCUGGCAAUAGUGGAGAUGUCGUAACUUCUCUUCCAGAUACGUUUUUGACUGUUACUGCGGGUCAAUACCGUCUCUUAGAAAAUUGGGCUAGGGGUGAUUUUGUAGUAAACGAACAUAACGAACCCACCAAGUACAACUAUCAAUUUUUAAGAGAAGGCACAGGCAGAUACCCAAAAUAUAAAAAGGAAAGCGACGGAACAUCCGAAUACAAGGAGUUUGAAGAAGUUAUCACUGAUGUUUCUGAUCAAGUUAAAAAUCUUAGAAAAGCUCCGCUUGAAUGGAGUGUCGGAGGUGCAUUCUUUCCUGGAAUUGAAAUGACUUUCGUUGCAUACUAUAGUUAUACAUUUAGUGAUAAAUAUGAAUUUAGAAUUAAUGAAAGUAUUGAACCUGGAGAUAUUAACGCAUACAUGGCUUUACCUUGGCAAGCCGAUUUUAAUGAAUGCAGUGACCACUGGUGGCCAGCUCAAAGACCAGAUGUCGUGAUCCCACAAGAAAUACUGAUGGAAGAAAUUAUGGGAAAAGAAGGUGAAAUUACUUCAAAACACUUUAAACAAUGGACCCGCGGAUUCAGAGUCAAUGAGCCAAACAGGGGUGAACCUAAAUGGGGUGACAUGGAUAUGGUCAAGGCAUGGGAUAGGCAAGCAGAUAUGUUGGGAUUUGUUAUCGAGGAGAAGAUUGAUGAAAAUACAAAAAUAUUUCAUGAGGUCGAACGCGGUUACAUUUACAAUGAGACUGGUGAUAUAGUAGCCAAAGCAACCAUAGAUGAUCUUUAUGAUCUCCUUCAAAUCGCAUUGCAAAUUGAACUCACCACUAUUCCACCAUAUUUAUACGCUUUGUACUCGAUAAAGCCAGGAGAAGAUCCGCAUGAUAUGUGUAUUACUAGUAACCAUGUGAUAAAACUAAUUCGUCAAGUUGCUGCAGAGGAAAUGUUACAUGUAUCCCUUGUAGCAAAUCUUAUUGUUGCUAUUGGUGAUAGUGAAGUUAUGGUUAAUUUGUCAAAAGCAGAUGAAACUAAUAUCAAAACUUUUAUAAACAUUGAAAAACCCGAUGAACUAUUAAAGAAACACUCUAAACCUGUAUUUCAUAAAUUAAUGAAAUUACAUACAUCACCUUUAGCUGGCAAUGUGGUGGGUGAUGAGGUCUCAGUUGACAGUAUAGGAAAACUCUAUGACGUGAUCGAAAGAUGUUUUGAAAAGUUAACUGGAGAAAUUAAAUACAAAACGACAUUUCAGCUUGAAGCCGGAAUGGGCUACGCUCCGAGCACAGGUACAGGAAACGAUGGAAUAAUUGUCAUUAAAGAUUUGGCGGCUGCUAAGAAGGCUAUUGAAUUAAUUAAAGUCCAGGGAGAAGGAUCACAAACCGAAGACGAAGCCUCUCAUUACCAAAAAUUCCAAUGCUGCUUGGAAUUGAUUAAAAAGUCUUGUGAGAAGGAUUAUCAGCUCUGGCCCGUUGCUGAUAACCCAAAUAGUUCAACUUAUGAUGAUAAACCAGAUAUUCAACGUGUUGCCACAGCCUUUGAUGCCUCCUAUUCCUAUCUGAUGUUAUUGCUAGAAAAUGUUUGGAAAAUUGGUGGCCAAGACAAAAAUAACUUUGUGGUUGGUGGAUUACCAGCAUUGAUGCAUGGUGUUUUGAAGCCUAUUGCGAUAUAUCUUGUUGGGACCCCAAUUUCUCCUGGCGUACACGCGGGAGCAACCUUCGACUAUUACCCUUUCACUCGUGGUGAUCCUUUGAAUACUCCAAAACAGCAACUUGUUGAUGUUGUUAAAGCAGCAGAACUUGAAAAAUAUGGUUUG